AUGGCCCGCGGCGUAGUCACAAGACGUCCCAGAGAGGCGUCGAGCGAGGCGUCUUACUGGGACGAUGACACCAACAGCCCUUUUGCUGACGUCGUCACACCGCCACUGCGUUCGGAUGUCGUCCUCCCAUCGGUGCCUGCAAAGGAGCAGCUCAAUACAGCGUCACAUCCGAUCACCAUUCUUGACACUCAACCGGAACCUUUACCGAUGCAGCAACAAGGCGGCCUGGCGCUCGAGCUCUUUCCCAGCGGUCGAUCAUCGACGGAUCCGCCAAAUCGUCAAUCGCAUCCGCCUUCGUCAUUCGACUUUGACGCGGCGGCAGGAAUCGAGCCUUGGACUCAGCCGGGUCUGAAAGCAACCCAGUAUCUACGCGACGAAUGGCUCAUCUCGGCGGGACAGAAGCAGCCAAACGAUUUGGUAGAGGAUUACGUCCCGAACAUCGGCGAUAGCGGAAAAGCAUCAACGUCACGACAACCCGAUCGAUCACGGCUCACGACUGCACGAGUUGAUCAUAUGGCGCCAGCCCUCCGAUCAGUCCUUGCCGAUCGAGCGCAUCUCGAUGCACCAAAGGAGCCCAUCGCGAAACGCGGUCGCUCCAGUCUGCUCGAUCAGCUCGAUGCGAUUUGCAGCAGCCCAUCGCAGCGUUUCAGCUCCAGCCCGAUUACAAACGAGCCCACGACGAUACCCACGACUCCAACGACGGCGCGAGCACCGCUUGCACCAGCCAGCAGCAUCGUCUCUAAUGGCAAGGCAUCGUCGGCGCAAAAGAUCCACGACCAACCAGCCGUCAUCGAUCUACUCGAAGUGUCCAGCUCACCACCGGCACAGCCUCCUCAACAACACAUCACUCUGAUCAAGGACAUGCCGCAGGAACUUCAGAACAUCUACCGUCGUCUCGCUUUCGGUCGCAGUGGCGGUGUCGCAGGCGGCUCCUCGUCAUCAACUCCCUCAACGCCCAUCAACGCGGGAACGACAGCACGAGGAACGCGCGGCAAGACGUGGCAAACUACGUGGCAGGACGAUGGCGACCAAGAUGGACAGAGCGCGGAUGGUGCCACUUCGUCAAGUGGAUCACGAGCAAAUGCAGCGUCGAGCGCUUUGACUUCUGGUCGUGGACGUAAGCCCACCUCAGCUGCAAGCAGAGAUUCAAGGACGAGCAAAUCUCGAAGCAGUGCAAGUGGCAGCAGCAGCGCUGCAAGCAAGGGCAAGAGUCGAUUCUUCACGUUCAAGAAUUUCCGUAGCCGUGGCCGCGGGAGAGGGAGAGGGAGAGGGAAUGGUCGGUGA